AUGGCUUCACCUCACCUCAAUGACGUCAAGCAAAUAUCAGAUAUCGAGCUCACAGUUGCUGCAGGGCCAUCAUCACCAAGUGAUGUAGAAGUCUUCGAUGAUAGCGCUGGCCAUGUCCUGGAGAAAUAUAGAGGAACAUCUGCCGACCUGCGGGACAUGAACAUUAUGGGCAAAAAGCAGGUCCUCCGGCGGAACUUCAAUUUUAUUACAAUGCUCGGCUUCGCAUCAACCUGUGUAGCCAGUUGGGAAGGCAUCCUUACAUACCUUGGUUUUGUUCUCACUGACGGUGGCACUCCGCUUCUGUUCUGGGGCUUUAUUGCAUGUGCCGCUGGACAGACACUAGUGUAUGCCAGUAUAGCAGAAAUGGCUUCUAUUAUCUCCAAUGGGUCACCCACAGCAGGUGGUCAAUAUCACUGGGUGUCGGAAUUUGCUCCUCGACGAACGCAGAAGAUCCUCAGUUACUUUUCCGGCUGGCUCACUGCCAUUGGCUGGCAGGUGUAUCUUGCCAGUGUGUGCUUCUUAGUUGGCACGAUCAUUCAGGGACUGAUUGUACUGAAUGACUCGACCUAUGUCUAUCAAAGAUGGCACGGGACCUUGUUGUCCAUCUCUAUUGUCGUCUUUUGCAUUAUUUUCAACACUGCUCUGGCGUCGCGACUUCCAAUCAUAGAGGGCAUGGUGCUGAUCCUCCACAUUUUGGGCUUCUUUGCCAUCAUCAUCCCGCUCUGGGUCAUGGCACCACGCGGCAAUGGACAUGUCGUUUUGCUCGAAUUUACCAACUAUGGCGGCUGGUCGAGUACCGGUCUAUCAGCAAUGAUUGGCUUACUUGCUCCCAUGGCCGUUCUUGUUGGCUACGACUGUUCCGUGCAUAUGUCUGAGGAAAUCAAAGAUGCCUCCGUUACCCUUCCCCGCGCCAUCAUGGGCUCCGUCGUCGUCAACAUCACACUCGUCUUCAUUGUGAUAAUCACUAUUUGUUUCACGCUUGGCGACGCUGCAAGCGUCCUGGCAUCUCCCACCGGCUAUCCCUUUAUCCAACUCUUCUACAACGCGACCCAAUCAUACGUCGGCACCAAUGUCAUGACCGCAAUUAUCAUUGUUAUGCUCUCUGCCUGCGCCGUUUCCGAAGUGGCUGCUGCCUCGCGCCAAAUCUGGUCCUUUGCUCGUGACGCUGGUCUGCCCGGCCACAGCUGGCUCUCCAAGGUUUCUCCCAGCUGGAACAUCCCAGUCCCUGCCGUCGCCGUUUCUCUCACCAUCUCUGCACUUCUCUCCCUCAUCAACAUCGGCUCUGCCGUCGCUCUCAAUGCUAUUACGUCACUUGGCGCCAUUGCAGUUCUGAUCUCCUAUUUCCUCACCAUCAGUUGCGUCGUCUACCGCCGGCUCCAAGGGCCAGUGCUUCCCGCACGCCGGUGGUCACUCGGAAGAUGGGGCCUUGCCAUCAACUGCGCAGCUUUGGCGUUCCUCGUACCAUUGAUCUUCUUCCUCACCUGGCCCCUUGUGACACCCGUUACGGCAACGACAAUGAACUGGUCGAGUGUCAUGAUGUGUGGCACUUUGAUUUUAGCCGCGAUCUACUACGUCUUCAAGGGGAGGAAAGAAUACGUUCCUCCUGUUGUACACGUCAAGCGUCAAGAGUGA